UCUCCUCCACGGAUUGCUACGAGGGUGCAAAAUGGAUUACAGCGACCCUCCCGGGCUUCUCCGCUGGCGGGCAAUUCCGCGAACUGGUUCGGCAGCAUGGAAGAACAUCCACAGCAGUUGGGAGUUGGAGCCAGCCAAACUACCCGGUACACAUCGCUCGGAUAAGCGCAACACCCCCAAAUCUGCCCUCCGCAGUGGUUGGAUGUAUCACACCCGCACCAUUAUUUGUCCUUAUGGUGCCUGUUUUAAAUAGUGGAAGGAGAAGAGGUUGACCGCAGGACAGCAGUGAGGAGCUGGGUCAGACACAAUUCAUGAACUUUUGUACUCCUGUGUGCCGCUGUCGACAAAGUAAAAAUAAUGAAACUUUGUGAUAUGUUUGUAAAUGAUUUCGGCUGACCUCUCGCCCUGCCCUUCACCAUAAACGCUACGGCGGGGAAAACCUGGGAGGGUGCGAGGCUGAGGCUCGCAGGCAGAUCGCGGGGAUAAUAGCUAGACCAGCAUAAUAGGAUGAAGGUAAAUUUGGAAACUCUCUUUUUCCCGAGAGCAACUAACUCCAGCUUUUAACCUCAUCUUUUUCACCAACCGCUGUUUCUGUUGUCGGCUGUUUUACUUCUGUUUCGAUUUUUUUUAAAUUCUUUUUUUAUUUUGGGGGGAUUUCUAAUUAUGGAGAAUCUUUUCAGAUUCGUGUUAGCCUAAAUAUUUAAAGACUCCUUCCUAAAUUACUUUAAGCAUUAUUAUUCUAAAUAGCGCAAUUUGAUCGACCACGUCCAUUUUCCAUAGCGAGAACGUAAAUGGCAGAGAAUUUAAAGAAAGCGGCAGGUCUUUCUGAGAAUUUGGUAGGCGAAAUUCGUCGCUAUGAAUUGAUGGAGGGUCUUAUAGCUCUAUUGCAGCAAUAAUAACAAGCGUGAAUCUUUUCCGAAAUCCCACCUUCCUGCAAAUCUAUAUUUCAGAAUUGAGUCCCAGCAGAAUAGUUUGCAUUCCUCAGAAGACAGUAAGAGACUAAGAGAAUUGCAAAGACCUGCUAUAUUGUAGAUGAAAACAGAAUGUUAUUACGUUGUCUAUAUAUACCCUGUAGAACCGAAUUUGUGUGAUAUUCAUAUAGUCACAGAUUCGAUUCUAGGGGAAUAUAUGGUCGAUGCAAAAACUUCACAUUUCUGCAAAUGGUUAGAAGUUAAAAUACUGGCGGAAUCAAGAGGCAUGUGCGUGCUGAACACUCAGAAAUUAUAAAAGUUUUGCUGCCUCGCUCCUAUUCGCUGGGUUUUAGGACGUUUCUUAAAACUUCAGUUGUCGUUCAAACCUAACUCUCAGUGACAAUCUGUGAAUUUAAACAGUUAAACUCACCAGAAGUUACAAAUUUUCUGGGGGAAAAAAAAAAAAAAAAGGUAUUAUCUACCCAUCAGUGAAUGAGUAUUUUAAAAGAUACUCAUAAAUUAGCUAGAUAUGCCAGACAUUAGCAAAAUUUCCCUGUCAAGGGUCCAGAUCGCAUCAAAAUAUUUACGACAGCAGCAAAAGCAGCAUUCGCCUCACUGGAAUGUAUUUACUUGUGCUCCAGGAAUGAUAUUGAUGAAUGAAGACGGAAUUUAUCGCAUUAAACCCGUGAUAUUUUUAACCUAAUUAAAUGACGUCUCCAGUUCAAUUGAUUGAACUUUAGUGGUUAAAAGUGAACUCCUUCUUGCCAUCUGCAUGAUUUUACAUACAUACAUGUGUAGGUUUAUAAAUAUACGUUGGCGUUUGCAUCUGUGCAUGCAUACGUAUGCACACGUAUAUAUUGAGGCUUGAAAGUGAAUGAGAAGUUACUGAUUGCCUAAUUUUAUUCAGCAGAACUAAAUUCUGGUAACUUUUGGAUGACCUCUGCUAGACAAAGACAGGACAGAUCUAUUGUACAUCAUAUUACCCUCUUCCUUGAUGGCUUUUCUUUCUCUCGCCUGCUUAUCAGUUUCUUCCCUUUUAACCCCGCUUCAGCUCAUCUCUCUGUAUAUUCCUUUCGAUUCUUUUUCUUAUUUUAUUUAAAGUGAGGUACCAAGCCCCGGUGGCGAUCCUGGCUAGUAGAUCAGACGGCAGGGCAGCAUCCCCCGGGGAUGGGGGAAGCCGGCUCAGACAAAAGGCUGUGGGCAGGGCAGCGGCCGCCGCCCCGGGGUACCCCUACACCUCCGGUACCUGGUUUGCGGGUGCGGCCCGCCGGAGAGGGGGGUCACUCGGUUAGAGGGAUGUUAUUGAGUGGAAUCGCUGGAAAUGCGGGGAAAUGCGGCGGUGGGCGCCCGGCUCCCCAUUGGCCGGGCCGGUCACAUGCCCGCCUAACUUUAUUCAGUUGACAGCAAGUAGGAGGGCUCUAUGGCAGGGGAAAAAAAGACAACACGAGAAAAAUUAGUAUUUUCUACCUUCAGAAAUUAAUGGCCAUGAGUUCGUAUAUGGUGAACUCUAAGUAUGUGGAUCCCAAAUUUCCUCCUUGUGAGGAAUAUUUGCAGAAUAGCUACUUAGGCGAGCAAGGGGCCGAGUACUACAGUGCCUCGCAGGGCUCUGAUUUCCAGCACCAGGGACUCUACCCACGGUCAAACUACAGCGAGCAGCCCUUUAGCUGUAGCAAUGCCCAGGGCUCUGCCGGGCAGCCGCGGGGUCACGGACAGGAGCAAUCCGGCCCGGCGAGCCACUUCCCCGGCCCAGCAGAGCAUUGUCCACCGCCUCCAAUGUCCAACUCGCGAGCCUGCAGCCAGCAGCCGGCCCUCAAACCCCCAAACGGCUCCGCAGUUAAGCAGCCAGCAGUAGUUUAUCCCUGGAUGAAGAAAGUCCAUGUUAACUCGGUGAAUCCCAAUUACAACGGAGGGGAACCUAAACGCUCCCGCACAGCUUACACCAGACAGCAAGUCCUAGAACUGGAAAAAGAAUUUCAUUUUAACAGGUACCUGACCAGGCGCCGCCGUAUCGAGAUAGCCCACACUUUGUGUCUCUCUGAGCGCCAGAUCAAGAUCUGGUUUCAGAACAGAAGAAUGAAGUGGAAAAAAGAUCACAAACUGCCCAACACGAAGGGCAGGUCUUCUUCCUCUGGUUCAAACCCCCAUUUACAAACUGGUUCCAAGGACCAUCAGACUGACUUGACAACUUUGUAGAAGAGGUGAAAUUUUCCAUUUCAUCCUUCGCUUCUGACCAGUACUGUACAUAACUGACACUGCCCAAGCAGAACCUGCAUGUAGCAGCUAAGGACACGAGAAACUGUCAUCUUUCUUUAAGGUACUGUUGUACAAAGGAGACAAAAUGACGCUACUUUGGACUUUAUUUUAUUUGCCUCUGCUAGCACAACCUAAAAAAGGAAAACAAAAAAAGGGGAAAGAAAGAGAGAGGGAAAACCAACCAAACAAACCAUCAUGCAGGCAGUGGGAAUUGGGAAAAUAUUAAAUGAGACCUUCUGUCCUUAAAAAAUAAUAAAUCAUUGAAAAUGAAACUGUCCUGUGUUUCAGUUUUGAAUUCUAAAGUGAAGAUUGGAUGCUUUAUUAUGGGAUUUAUACUUUUAAUUGUCUUUUUAUCCCAUGCAAUUUCGGGAGGAUGUAUUUUGGGCAAGUUGAGGACAGGAAAUUCAUAGCAUAGUCUUUUAUUUGAACAUAAAGACUAGUAAUUGUGAACUUUUUUUUUUUUGUACUGCUUUACCUUUCUCGGUGUAAUGAAAAUACUUGCUCAUUUCCAUAACGUCACAGAAGGUGUGCAUAGAAAUUAAGUGAAAACGGGUUAUUUUGUGUUCUGGUAAUGUUAAUGUAUUUAUUUAUUUGUUACAUAGAAGAAGACAAAAAGAAAAAUAGUCAAACCAAAAACGAGGAAGGGGAGCUGAAAUACAGUAUUUUUCCUUCCCAGUCUCAUGAACACAUAUGUAAUGUUUACUUGUCUUGAACGUACACAACUUUCUUGUCCCCCACCCCGUUUUCUUCUAAAUUUCCUUCUUUGUGAAUAGGAAAAGCGUCCCUGCUCCUUACCGUGUGCCAUCCAGAGCUAACAGGCUUGAAAUCUGUUUCCAAAGUCUGCUCUGCUCAGAGCUGUGCUUUAAACCAUCGAUACCUCAUUUUAAAAUGGAAAGAAAAAAAAAAAGAAAAAAG